AUGGAGGUUCCGAUAGUGCAGUUUGCUGGAGAUUCAGUGGAAAUGCACCAGAAUACAAUACAGAAUCACACUUCGGCUGAAGACUCUGUGGAUAAGCUACAUAGUCCAGAGUUAUCAAAAGAACCUUCCACCAAGAGUGGGAAGAAAGUGUUAGAGGGUUCAAGACUGAAUUCCACAACAACACCAAAGGGUGCUUCUACUAUUAGCGUGGUUGCAAAAAGGAAAAUAGAUACUAAGAGUGGUUCCAAUACUAAUUUGAGUGGUAUCAAAUCAAUUUUAACCAAACCAACUAUGAGCAGUGCCUUGCACUAUUCUGGAUCGGCUCCAGCGACUAGAAGGAUCAGCACUGGAGGUUUACCUGAAAGGCAGACCGUUUCACUUACAAAACGUCCAGGCAGUUGGGUUAAUUCGGCUGUUGAUGCCAUAUGUAGGAAUGAGAAAUGGUAUGUAAUUGUUUUUUGA